GCCGCCGCUGCUGCGCACUUCCCUGCGCAGUGCUGAUCCGCUCUAAGGCGCAGUUGUCAGUGCUGUGUUCGGUUUGAGCUCGAGCUCCUCGGUUAACGGACAGCGCGCGGGUCUGAGCGGAACCAGGAUGAGCCGCCGGGCCGGGGGCAGCUGAGCGAGUCCGGAUCUUUCCUAAGCGAAGGGCGCGAGCUGGGUUUAUACAGAAUGGCUAGCUGUGGUGAAGUCGAUCACUCCGUGGAUGCACUGGCCUCAGGUAAGAAGGUGGGCGGAGACUCUGUGACCAGCAGCAAUGGAAGCCCCUCCCCAUCUCCACCUGCACUGCCAGUCCUGGAGUGUGCCAUCUGCCUGCAGAGCUGUGUCCACCCGGUGCGCCUGCCCUGCCGCCACGUGUUCUGCUUCCUGUGCGUGAAGGGCGCCUCAUGGCACAGCAAGCGCUGCGCCCUCUGCAGGCAGGAAGUGCCCGAGGACUUCCUGGAGCGGCCUACGCUGCUGUCGCCUGAGGAGCUGAAGGCCUCUGCGUCCGGCAGCCGGGGGAUGGGAGCCGGGGACCAUGCGUGGUACUACGAAGGGCGCAACGGUUGGUGGCAGUACGAUGAGCGCACCAGCCGGGAGCUGGAGGAUGCCCACAACAAGGGCAAGAAGAGCGCAGAGAUGCUGAUCGCUGGCUUCCUGUAUGUGGCAGAUCUAGAGAACAUGGUGCAGUACAGGAGGAACGAGCAUGGCCGUCGGAGGAGGAUGAAGAGAGACGUGGUGGACAUCCCUAAGAAAGGGGUGGCUGGACUGAGGCUGGAUCCUGAGCCUGGAACUACAUCUGGAGUGGCAAGCGGAUCAGGAUCAGGACCUGGAUCUGCAUCAGCUGGGUCACCAGGUGUCAGUGUUACAGCAAGCGGGGAUUCGUUGAGCAAUAUGGACGGAAGUGUGCCAGAGAGAGAGAGUUCAGCAGAUGGGGCAGACACGGUGGCCAGUGCGGGGCGCCCUCAGGUGGGAUUUGCCCCGCCUCCUGUCCGGCCACCUACCAUACUGGGGGGUCACCCGAGCAGCCCUGCAGCCUCAACCCCCUUGUCUCUUGUCCAGGCAUUGGCUCAGCUCAAUAUAGGCCACCCUGGGCCUGAUGAGGAGGAGGACGAUGAUGAGGAUGAAGAAGACGAUUCGGUGGCUCCUGAUGCUUCAGGAUACGAGUCAGAGUCAGGCACAAGUGAGGAUGUUGAUGACGAUGAUGACCGCGCCGGUGAGGAAGGUGGCGGCGAGCGGGCGGAUGGGGCUCAGGGCAGGCAUAGACUGCAGCAGCUGGACAGACUGCCCCCUGGUGGUGGAGUUGGUGGUGACGGAAGUGUUCGCUCACGCAGCCCCGAUGGUCAGUGCACGGUAACAGAAGUGUGACCCCCACCAGCUGCCAGCGCUUUUACUGUUGCCAUCGUGACGCACUGGCCACCUAAACGCCCAUCUGCCAGGGUACUGCUAACAAAUGUCCGAAAAGCAAAAAAAUUUCAACAUAAUAAAUCACAUUUAAGGAGUUUCACAGUGGCACAGACUGGGGACGGAUAUUUAAGGACUUAAGGAGUUGUGAGGAAUGCAGACUUCUCUAGAACAGUGGUUAUCAAAUGCUCCUCCUGGAGAUCUACCUUUAUGCAUGCUUCACCUUCUUCUUCUUCUUUCAAGUUAAGCACACCUUAUUCAGCUGAUCAAGCAUUUGCAAAGGCAAUAAUUGAUAAGGUGGGUCUGGUGGAAGGAUCUAGGUCGAAGCAGAAUUAUGCAUGAAGUCAGAUCUCCAGGGUUGCAGACCACUGGUCUAAAUAAGGAAUUUGGUAUUAAGAGCUUGGGAACACAUUGAUGCUGGUGGAAAUUUCACUAAGAACGGGGGAGUAAUUAACAAAGCAGGAUUUCUCAGUUUAGCCAGAGGUUUUGUCUUUAGUUUAUAGUCCAAACCUGUCUAAUCUGGAAUGGUAAAACAUGGCUACAAAUCCUACAUUGUAAAAUAGACUCUAGUUCUCUGAGUGAUGAGCCAAAGUGGAACCAUUUUCACACUUUCGCAAAUCUUAAAUUUACAUGCCAAUUUCUCAUGAACACAAGCUUCACAAUUACACUCAUCCUGUACAAAAGUGCUUCUUUUAAAGAACAUUUUAAGAUGAAUUAAUUUUAGGUUAAAAAGUGGUUCUACUCCAGCAUUACACAAAGAACCCUUGCUGGCUGCUUUAAUUUUAAGAUUGUUCAGAAAAUUUCUUUAAACCUUUAAGAUUCCUAACACUCUGUUUCUCAGGCAGUUAUUACAAAUCCUUUUAUUUAGAGGUUUUUUAAACUCUCACAUCUUGUUUAGUUGACAUGUUUCUUUAAAGAAACAUUCAUUGAAUAUUUGUAAAGGCAGACUGCUGUGACUUUUCUGUGGCCCUGAUCUGAGGAAACAUUUUGUAGCCUUUAUUUUAAGAGUGUGAAGUGAUGCUUCUGCUGGUGGAUUGGGUGGAAGUUCUCCAGUUUUCUGAGAAAUCCUUCUUUGUGGAGUUUUUCCCCCUUCAGUGUGUUUGAAAUUAGAAUUACUCAAACCCACACUUCUUCAGUUUUGCUUUGUUCUUUCUUUUUGUUCUCUUUUCUCUGUGAUUCUCUUUGUCUUUAUCUAACAGGGCUGUGCUCCAAUGUUCUGCCAUCAGGUGCAGCAGUAAGAACCCUUCAGCCAGCUGACAUUUACUUCUCUUAGUGUUUAAUGAUGUGAGGUUUAGAAUCACAGCCCAAAAAGUGUGUGUGUGUGUGUGUGUGUGUGUGUGUGUGUGUGUGUGUAUGUGUGUGUUUUCCGGCCUGGUCUAGCUGUGUCUCAUCUCAGAGCAUGAGCCUGUCUCAUGACUUUUACAUGUGCUGCUGUGAGAGAGGCAUCCAGAAGGAAGUGACCCCAGGCUAAAACGCUAUGAACUCUGGGAAUUGGAAUUUUUAUUUGAGAUUUUACUCAUAGUUGUAGUUUUCUGUUACUGGUGUCCAGUCCGAAGUUUGAAAUUUUAAUCAGUUAUUUUCGGGUCAUGUCAAUUUGUUGAGAUUCUCUUUCGUCAACAAAAAAAAAAACAGAACACAGAAAUAAUAACUGUAACUUCUUUUGAUGUACUUUGUUUUAUUGUGUUUUUUUUUGUUACUAAGUUUAUCAGAUUAAUAAAGUGUUGUCUAUUAUUUGUCUCAAAUCAAA